AGUAUGAAAAAACAUUAUUCUCAUCAUUUCUAUUUUAACCUCAAAUUCUUCCAAUCAGGAAAUCAUAUUAUUAUGUGACAAAAGUGUUGAAAUUUUGCAAAUUUUGAAGCGAAAUAGGAAAUUCUCAAAAUGUCAGAUUCUACAAAUAAGAAAGGAGGUUGCCUGGGAUGUUUUAAAUGUUGCUCCAAGGGUCCAGUCAAGAGAGCCUCCUCUAUACCUGACAUUAUGGACGAAAAAAUAGCAAAAAGAGUGAAAUCUCUAGUAAAUGCUAUGAAGCCAAAGAGAACCCCGGUACAAAAAGUUGCCAACUGUUUUCAUGUGUGUGCCAUGUACUGUUGCCAUAUUAUAUUCGCCAUUUUGAAUAUUUUCAUGCUUAUAUGUGGGCUCUAUAUAACAGCAUUAUCAGGAUACCUGUAUCAUUCCAUGACCACUUUGCGAAUAUCGGGGAGUAGCUUUGAGUUUCCUCUGCCGAUUGCCACAUUUGUUUUCGGCAGUUUGAUUAUUAUUCUGGCUGUUUUCGGGUUUGCUUGCACGGGUAGAGCCCAUUGUUUAGUUUUGUACUCCUCAUGUUUGAUCAUAAUUAUGCUGCUGGAAAUCUUAUUGGCGCUACAUAUUUAUGUGAAUUAUGCGGAGGAUAACAUGAGCAUAAAAUACCAGGAUAUUUUCAAAAAAGUUUUCAAAGACUCCAUCGACAAAUACUCAGACGAUGAAGAAUCUUGGAAAUUUGUGGAUAUGGUACAAAGAGAUUAUGGAUGUUGCGGUGUAAAUUCUUCCGCAGAUUGGUACAAAACCCCUCUAAGGAUGGUACCAGCAUCAUGCUGUGAAUAUGACUGUACUUUCACUGAUGAUAAUGUAUUUUCCAAGGGUUGCCCUGAAAAAUUGGAAACGACCAUCAAGGAUACAGAGAAGAAAUGCUAUGCUCUAACAUCCAUGGCUAUGCCAUUGGCUAUUCUAUACACAGCUCUGGCAAUACCAAUAAAUGGAUAUUUAUUUUGAAAUUCAUCAUUAUUCAUAUAUUUUCUACGUUUUUAUUCAAAUAAUAUCUGGCAGACUCCACAUACUGUUCUCGGUGAGAUAGAGUGUGUUCUGAACAAAGCUCAGGCUAGAGCUACCAGAGGACUGUAAUUUACUAUUUAAAUAAUCAAAUACAAA